CACUAUUCUUUUUUGGGUUGGAGUGUGUAGUGGCCAUAGUAGCGGGUGUUUCACCAUUUUUUUCCCCGCCUUAUAUAAUAAGGGUAGACGACUUAUGAGACGCCCAAAAUAUCAUAACAAUUCAGCAUCUAAAAUGGAAGAAGCUGCACAUGAGUUGAUGAUGAAGAACAAGGAGAGGCAAAGCCAACUCAAAGCUUUCGACGAGACCAAAGAAGGGGUGAAAGGGCUGGUCGACGCCGGCAUAACCAAACUCCCCUCCAUCUUCAUUAAUCCCGCACAACAAAUUACUCCUCACGAGAACCCCUCUCCGGCCGCCGCCGCCGCCAGAGAAGAAGACAUUAACAACAAUAUUCCUACCAUCGACCUGGAGGGCAUUCGCGAGGACGAGGCAAAGCGUCGGCGGGCGGUGGAGGCGGCACGGGAGGCGUCGGGGACGUGGGGGUUCUUCAGAGUCACCCAUCAUGGGAUCCCGGACCGGGUGGUGGCGGCGGUCAUGGGCGGAGUGAGGGGUUUCUUCGAGCAGGAGACGGCGGCGAAGAGGGAAUGGUACACCAGGGAUUAUGCUAAGAGCUUUGUUUACCACUCCAACUUUGACCUCUUCACUUCUUCCUUUGCUGAUUGGAGGGACACUUUCUACUCCGUCAUGGCUCCUAAUCCUCCCGACCCUCAACAGCUCCCUCCCGUUUGCAGGGACAUUCUUAUCACAUACUCGAAUGAAGUUCAAAAGUUGGGGAGUGUUUUGUUCGGACUAUUGUCCGAGGCCUUGGGCCUCCAACCCAACUAUCUGGAGGACAUUGAGUGCAACAAGGGGUUAGCAUUGUUUGGGCAUUACUACCCAGCCUGCCCGGAACCACACCUGACUUUGGGCACCACCGAACACGCCGACAACAACUUUCUCACGGUUUUGCUCCUAGACGAGAUCGAGGGCCUUCAGGUUCUUCACGACAACCGGUGGGUUGAUGUUCCCUAUGUCCCCGGAGCUCUCGUUGUCAACAUUGGCGAUCUUCUCCAGCUUGUGACGAAUGAUCGGUUCAAGAGCUCGGAACACAGAGUGGUGGCUAACAAGCGUGGCCCGAGGAUAUCAGUGGCAUGUUUCUUUACCACAUACUUGUUGUCAUUGCCGCGACUAUAUGGACCGAUUAAGGAGCUGGUCUCCGAGGAGAAUCCACCAAAGUACAGGGAAAUCACAAUCUAUUCGAUCUAAACAUCUUCAAUUCUUCUUUCUUCCAUUUCUCUUUCUAAAUAAACCUCUUCCAUUCUUCUUUCUUCCAUUACUCUUGGUUCAUUUUCGAUAUCUAUUAAUACAUAAUGCAGUAACAUUCUUUAAAUGUAAUUGCGGUAGCAUUGUCUAGCUACAAUUUAUACAAUCUACCCUUGAAAGAGAUCGCCGGAGUUUCCCGGCGUAAUGGCUCGCCGGAAAAGGGUACCGCCGCCGAGUACUACCCUCCCAUUGCCGACCAACACCGAAACAGUUCACCCGCACUUACAUACAUUUGCAAGCGGAGAAUAUUUCUCGGAGGUAUCUGUGUUUGGAGACAAAGGUGACCCUGACCAAAAAUGGUAACACCAUUAUUAUAAUGGACACUACACACAAAAGUUUGAUUCUUUUGUGGAGGCCGGACACACAUAUUCAAAUUAAAUCCCAAUGGCACCUUUGGAAUAUUGUUACAUGCCAGGGGGCUGAUUUUGGUGUUAUGCAUCCCACUCUACAAUAUUAUACGGAGUACUCCGUAGUCAUUUAUUCCACUCCAUCUAUAUACUAAUUCUUACGUAGAGCUAAUUCUUAAUUGAGGGAUGUGUAAAUUAAUAUUUCUCAAAGUCGACAUUGUUGUCCUUUUGUCCGUACAAUUAGGUUCUUUCAAUGAUGUAAUUGCAUCACCUAGCGAGCAUUACAAUGUUUACCAUUGCCACUCUAAAGAGGUUGUCGUAGUCUUGGGCAAUGCGUGGCUGCAGAGAAGUUAUGCCGCCCAAUGAUACUAUUUAGCCAGGGCAGUACUGUUUCUCGGCAGCCUCACACUGCCCAAGACUCCGAUGACCUCUUCAGAGUGGCGAUGGAAAACAUUAAAAUGCUUGCUUGAUGAUGCAAUUACAUUAUUGAAAGAACCUAACUGUACCGACAAAAGGACAACAAUGUCAACUUUGAGAAAUAUUAAUUUACCCAUCCCUCAAUUAAGUAGAAGCUCUAUGUAAGAACUAGUACAUAGAUGGAGUGGAGUGUUCUAUAAAUACUAUUUUUUCCC